AUGUGGAAACCAUUUGAAGCUGGUAGUUCACCAGUUGACUGGUGUGAAAGUAAUUACAGUAUUUCUUCUAGUAUUGCAGAAUUUAUGAAUACGUUGAGUAAUGUGGUAUUUUUAUUACUCCCUCCUGUUCUCAUGCAUCUCUUUAGAGACUAUGGAAGAUUUAUAAAUCCUGGAAUUCAUGUAAUUUGGUUUUUACUAAUGGUAGUAGGUCUUAGCAGUGCAUACUUUCAUGCUACUUUGUCUCUUAUUGGACAAUUGUUAGAUGAAUUAGCAAUCUUAUGGGUGUACAUGGCUGGUUUUUGCAUGUUCUUUCCAAGAAGGUAUUUUCCACAUAUUUUACAUAAUGAUAGAAAACUUCUUGCUAUAUGUGCAACUUUACCAACUUUGAUUGCAACUGGUUUAUCAUUUAUACAUCCUGCAAUAAAUGCAUUUGCAUUAAUGAGUCUUGGCAUACCUGCAUUUGGAUUUAUGAUCAUUGAAUUAAAAAGGACAAAAUCAAUGAGGGUGUAUAGACUGGGUUUAAGAUGCGGUGCUGUAUGGCUACUAGCUGUUGUUUGCUGGCUGAACGAUCGUUUAUUUUGUGAUACUUGGUUAAAUCUGAAUUUUCCUUACUUACAUGCACUUUGGCAUUUAUUUAUUUUCAUUGCAAGUUAUACAGCAGCUGUACUUUUUGCAUAUUUUUCUGUAAAAGAAGAGAAACCACACCAAUCAGCUGUGCUAAAAUACUGGCCAAAGGAUGAUUUUGAACUUGGUAUACCAUAUGUAACCAUUAAAAGUUAUAUUAAACUUGAUACAAAUACAAACAUAUAAGUAUCAACAUCAAUAUUGUAAAGACUGCUUUAAAAUGAUUAAAUAAUGAUUAAUAAUUUGAAA